AUGAGUUCUAAAGCUACUUGUUCUUGCUGCUCCAAUACUUGCUCCUGUGAAAAUACCUGCAAAUGUGAAAGUACUGACAAAUGUACUUGUCAACCAAAGUAA